AUGUGGAUGUGUGACUGUGACUGGGUGUGGAUGUGGAUGUAUGAGUGUGAGGAUGUGAUGUGGGAGUCUGGAUGUGAUGUGUUGGUGUUAAUGUGGAUGAGUGGGUGUGGGUGUGGAUGUGUUGGUUGUGUGAGUGUGGAUGUGUUGGUAGUAUAUGUAUGUGUGGGUGUGGAUGAGGAUGUGAUCUGUGAAUGUGGGUGUCGAUGUAUGGGUGUGUUGGAUGUGUGA